AGCGAUGGAUUUGGAAGAUCCAAAGAGCACAUACAAACGCAGUGGUUUCUUUGUACUCGUCUACACCGGCACCGAAAGCGAACGCUUAACAACAGUUAAACGUAUAUUUAUCCGGUUUUUCGAACUUUUCGUUACAAAUAUAAACGUUUUCUUGCUAAUGGACACAACUGCAUUUGCCUACACCUAUUUCCCAUUUACGCCGAGCAAAUGUCAUUCGACCAAGCCCGACCUACUGCUAUCGUUUCGCAACAACCGCGCAAAGUUUAAACCCAAAAGUCACCAAAGAUUUUUCCCCUAUAAAAUGCGCAAUUUGCAUGGCUGUGAGUUGGCUAUAGUGACAUGGCACGCUCCCCCAUUUAUAAUUUUGGAUCAAGAUCCGGAUAGCGGUCGGAUCAAAUCGGUCGAAGGUAUUGAGGGCUUGUUGAUUACCAUUUUAGCACAAGUCAUGAAUUUUACUAUAAAAAUUGUGGAUCCACAACCUCGAGAUCGUGGAGCUAUUUAUGAAAAUGGAACACUUACCGGCGUCACAAAAAUGAUAGCCGAAGGCAACGGAAAUAUUACGAUAAUAUAUAUAAUGUAUGAGAAAAAACGUGCCCAAGUUAUGGAUGCAACCUUUUCGUACAUGAGCUUUCCCUUAAUGCUCGCCAUACCACAUGGACGUCCCCUCUCUCCGUUGGAGCGUCUUUUUAGACCUUUUAAGUACAUAAUUUGGUCACUGAUUUGCUCCAAUAUCGUGCUGGCCGUGCUUAUCAUAUACGCACUCAAAUUUUUAGGCAGCAGCCGAGUUGUCUCUUUUGUUUUUGGCAGCAGUAAUCGAAUUCCGUUCAGCAAUCUGUGGGCCUCGCUUUACGGCAAUGUUAUUCAUAAUCAAUUACCAUAUCGCAACUUUUCGCGAUACCUCCUGGGCUUGUGGUUGCUGUGCACAUUGGUUUUACGCUCCGCAUAUACUGGACAGCUUUUUAUAAUGUUGCAGGAUGGGCACGCUCUUAUAUCGUUAAAAUCAUUUGAGGAGAUAGUCAAGCAGAACUACACGGUUAAUACCGCACCAGUAUUGACAGAGUUACUUAGUUCAACGCUUGGAAAUGCGUCUUUUGGUCUUAUUGACGGCGAUAAAAACACUAUGCCGCAGAUAUUGAAACGGAUCGCUAAUGGUUCGAAGGAAACACUGACUAUAAUCGAGCCGGCAUUGCUUUACUUCAACUAUCAGCAGCCCACGGAAGAUGAAAGGGUGGCAAUCCUGCCGCAAAAGUUGAUCAUGACGCCGCUCACAAUGUAUAUGCCAAAACAUUCCUAUCUGCUUUGGCCGAUCAACAAUAUUAUUCUCUAUUUUAUUGAUGUAGGCAUAAUCGAUAAAUUUGAGAAAAGAUAUCGCUCGAUUAACCAGAUCAAUGAAUCACAGGAGCCUGUGAAGUUGUCACUGUUUCUGCUUCUGGGCAUAUUUAGUCUCUAUGGAGCCCUAAUGAUCCUGUGUAUUUUGAUAUUCCUCUUGGAGCUUUGGACAGUUCGAUCGCCUUUGACUAAAACGCUGAUGGAUUUUUUGAACUAUUAGGCGAAAAAAUUUUAGUGAAAUAUUUGUAAAAGACAAAAUAAUAUUACUUAGAUAAGUAACCAAAUUGUUCCCCGCUUUUCUAACACGAAUUAUGUGCAUCUGAAUAAAAAUUGCUUACAUAAAA